GCUAUGUAAGGAUGAGAGAGGCGAGUCUUCUCGCUUUUGUCUUGCCUGCUUCUCCCAAGUCCAAAGUAUCGAAGUCGGUUCGGAGGCAGCUCUUUUCUGCUGCGAUCUCCGUCGAAAUCGUCGCCUUGUCACCCGAUCUUCGAUUGAAUCAGAUCGUCGAAGGGUCAUCUUUUCUUUGCUGCGAGUUCGGGGGAAUUGCCUUGUCCUGUAUGAUGAACGAUCUAUGAUCGGUCGGAGGGAGGUUGCUGUUUAGGGUUCUUGAUUUCGAAAGCGUUCGCUGUUUAGGCUUUGUUUGGCUCGGUGGUUCGUUAGGGUUUCUAUCCUUUCGGAGGAAUCAAUUUCCACGAGGGUUUAAAGGAAUAUGGCUUACGAAGAUAAAGCAAUGGCCAGUCGAAGCCCUUCACCAAAAAUCAUUACUCCAAAUAUCUCAAACUCCAUCUGCACAAGUUCAGAGACUGAACCAGUUCAAACACAAAACCAGCAAAGUGGGACCUUGCAUGGACCUGUGGCAAUUCUUUGGGACAUAGAAAAUUGCCCAGUCCCAAGUGAUGUUCGCCCAGAAGAUGUUGCUGGCAACAUCCGAAUGGCAUUACGAGUUCACCCUGUCAUUAAAGGAGCUGUGACGAUGUUCUCCGCUUAUGGAGAUUUCAAUGCCUUUCCCCGAAGGCUGAGAGAGGGCUGCCAAAGAACUGGGGUUAAACUGGUAGAUGUCCCAAAUGGUAGAAAAGAUGCUGCUGACAAGGCUAUCUUGGUUGAUAUGUUUCUGUUUGCACUAGACAAUCAACCACCAUCAUCUAUCAUGCUGAUUUCAGGGGAUGUAGAUUUUGCUCCUGCUUUGCAUAUACUUGGCCAACGUGGGUACACUGUGAUCCUUGUAAUCCCUGCUGGAGUUGGUGUGUCUUCAGCUCUCAGCAAUGCUGGCCGAUUUGUUUGGGACUGGCCUAGUGUAGCCCGUGGUGAAGGUUUUGUUCCUGCAAAGGCUUAUAUGCCCCGCGUACCUGAUCAUGCUGGAUGUCUCUCAAAUUGCAAUAUAGGAGCGAACCUAGAUUUUCAGAACGAGGAGGAGGCCAUUGUUUACAAAGGAGUUUCUCAAAAUGAAUAUGGUGGAGAAAACAAUGAUCAAGGCUAUUGCUACAAUUCUAACUACAUGCGCAGAGGACUUGACAGAAUUUCAUAUUCCAUGACUGAGUACAGCGGCAGUAACUCAGUAAAUGGGCCUUAUUUUACUUCAUCAAGAUCUCAGAGUCUCCCAUCUGGCUUAAGUGAAGGUGCAGGGAUGGAUCAGAAUGUCACACAAGAACAAGCAUGGUGGGUUCGGCCAGGAGAUCUUCAGGGUUUGAAGGGCCAAAUAGUGAGGCUGCUUGAGAUGUCUGGUGGAAGUAUGCCUCUUGUACGGGUUCCUUCAGAGUAUCUAAAGUUCUUUGGACGACCACUUUACGUGGCCGAGUAUGGAGUCUGUAAGCUGGUCAACCUUAUCAGGAAAAUGGCUGAUGCAUUGGUUGUGGUUGGCAAAGGGCACAAAAAGCUGCUAUGCCUUCGCAAUGCUGCUUAUUUUGAUGCGAAAAAGUAUCCUGGAACAUCAGCCUUGGUGAGGAAGGAUAAGAAGGGAAAGCAAGUUUUGGAGGAAAACAUGGAUAUCAGCAUUUCUCCUCAUUCAGGUUGCUCCUCUGAUGAGCUUUCUGAUGAUGGGAAAAAUGACGAUCCUGCUCUAGGUGCAGCAGAUGAAUUCGAGGACCAAUUUGAAAAUGUAAGACACGAAGUACAAGAGCUUCUUGUUUGUUAUUCCUGUCCGGUUCCCCUUGGCACAUUUGAGGCUCUGUACAAACAGCGAUACAAGAAAGACCUCGACUACAGGAGCUAUGGGGUGGAUAGUCUGGAAGAACUAAUGGAGAAGCUGAGAGACAUUGUGGAGUUGUGUGUGGAUCAAGUUAGCAAGAGAAAAUUUCUGGUGCUGAGUUCAGAAAGCUGAUAAACGCUCAGAGCUAUGCAUGAAAAUUAUACCUGCUGAAUCUUCCACCAGAAAGCUGUCCUUGCUUGUGUGUUAGUAGUAUCUGCCUUCUCUUUGCCACCAACCGUUCAGUAAAGCAAUUGUGCGUCCUCACCUGUAUGACACCUUUUCUUCGAGUGUCUGUGAAGUGUGUGAAGGCGCAGUAAGUUGCAUUUCAUGCAUGUACUGAUGGUAGAUGAAGCUCCAUAUUUACAGCGAGAGCUCCUCUAGUUCUUUUCCUCUUUCUUCAAUUCCUUUGUUGGUGCUAUUGACAAUGUGAAGCGACUGACAAAACAAGUGUAUUAACUUCAGAUAGGACUGUGAACUUGCAUCUCUUUGUGCUC